UCUCCACCCCAAUAUUACGUGGCACAGCAUCUUAAUCCAUGAACAAUUUCCCACCACUCCCACCACCGCCGUUUCACAUCACUGAAACGGAAACAACCAACUCAUCAGCUCUCUCACUCAGCGUCGUCCCGUCCCAAGGAGUUUAAUUCCCUUCUUUCUUCCUCACUUCCCAAUGUAGUGGGCGAAUAAUAAUCCCAACUUCCAUAUGUUCCUUGCUCCAACACUUCCACUGCAAUUUCCUAAUCCCAUCGCCAUUGGCAUCUCCCCUAAUAUUCCCGAAUCCGAUUCUCUCUCACUUCCUCCUCAUCCUCUCCCCAAAUGCCUAUUUAAAUCAAUCAUGCGAAUUCCCAAGAAACCCGCUUCCUUCUGCCUCGCUUUGUUUUCACCUGACCUCUCCACUUCCCCUUCCUCUCUCUCUCCCCCCUUUCGCUUCACUUCCGCCAUUCUCAGGAAAUCAGAUCGCUCCCGCUCUCCUGGAAAAAGAAAAGGCAUUCAUACCGUAGGAAGUAGUCAAUUGCAUGCCAGCUAUUCAAUGGAAAAAGGCUACGAGACUGCUGUAGGAGGUGACAACUCUUCACGUUUUUCACAUAUGGGUUCCAGUGAUGGUGGUCAACAGCCAUGUGUAUGGUCAUCUCCCCAAGGAGGAUGUAAAAUUGACAUAAGAAAGCAGAUUUUCUGCAACAGAUCGUUGAAUAUGAAGAGUAUUCUUGCAGUAGGGUUUGAUAUGGAUUAUACAUUGGCACAAUACAAGCCAGAAACCUUUGAGUCUCUUGCAUAUGAUGGAACUAUCCGGAAAUUGGUGUAUGAUUUAGGAUACCCACGUGAGUUGCUAGAUUGGUCCUUUGAUUGGACAUAUAUGGUCAGAGGCUUGGUGCUGGAUAAGAAAAGAGGAAACAUCUUGAAGAUGGAUCGGCAUAAGUAUGUGAAAGUUGCCUACCAUGGAUUCAAAGAGUUGUCUAAGGAAGAUAAAGUUGGCACCUAUGGAAAUACCUUAAUACGGGAUUCCUUUGAUGAGCCUGAUUAUGCUCUCAUUGAUACCCUCUUUUCUUUAGCUGAAGCUUACCUAUUUGCUCAAUUGGUAGACUUUAAAGACAAAAAUCUGGAAAAAAUUCCGAAGGGUGCCGAUUACUCUGUUAUGUAUAAGGAUGUUCGAGCUGCAGUUGAUUUGUGCCACCGUGAUGGAACUUUAAAGCAAAUGGUAGCAAAAGACCCUAAAAGGUAUAUUAAUGAAGAUACAACCAUAGUUCCCAUGCUCAAAAUGCUGAGAGAUUCUGGCCGUGCUACUUUCUUGGUGACAAACAGUGCAAAGCCAAGCUUCUUCCAUGAAGGUAAUCGUGCUAAUCUGUUUGAGGUUGAUCAUGAGUCUGGGAUGCUACUUAAUACUGAUAAUGGUUCUCCUAUGGCUCAGGUUGGAAGUUCUUCACCUAGAUUAUCACUGAAGGGAGUUGAGGCUUGUAGAGUUUUUCAGGGAGGCAGUGUUGGUCAUCUUCAUAAACUGCUUUCAAUUGAGUCAAGUUCACAGGUUCUCUAUGUUGGUGAUCAUAUAUAUGGAGAUAUUUUGCGCAGCAAAAAGGUUCUUGGGUGGAGAACAAUGCUUGUUGUUCCAGAGCUAGAGAGGGAGGUCGAACUCCUAUGGGAAUUGAGAGAUACACGCAAGCAACUUCGAAAGUUGAGGAAUGAACGCGAUCUCAUUGAAGACAAAAUACAUCAUUUAAAGUGGUCUCUGAAAUUUGAAGAUACCAGUGCUGACGAGAAGCAAAAACUAUCUUCUGAAUACAAUGCUUUGGAGUCUGAAAGAGAUCGAGUUCGGAUCACUCAUCAAGAUGCACAACGAGAAUGUCACAAAAUGUUUCACAAGAUUUGGGGACAACUCAUGAAGACUGGUUAUCAGAACUCUCGCUUUGCUCAUCAGGUUGAGAGAUUUGCCUGCCUUUAUACCAGCCAAGUUUCCAACUUGAGCCUCUACUCCCCAGACAAAUACUACAGACCCAGUGAAGACUACAUGCCCCAUGAAUUCGAUAUUAUUCCCUUGUGAAACAUUUUGAGAAGACGAAGAAGAGGCAAGCAUUUUAGGGAGGAGCAUAGUUAGUUGUUCGGCUUUGGGAAGCAUCAAAACAGGGCUUGUACAAAGCUUAUUUCCCCCCAUAAAUGAUUUGCUUCAAUAGAAUUAACUGUAAAUCAGUGCUUAAGCAAUGUACUUUCGUUGCCCCCAAAGUGGUACAAACUAUUUUCGACCGUUAAGGUGGUGAUUGCUGUGGAUGCCUAGUUUCUUGCGUUUUACAACUAAAUAUCAAUUUCACUUGGAAUAUUUUAUAUUAUUUCCAGGUGAUGUAUCGUUGAUUAAUGAUUAAUGAUUUUUUUUA